CCUCACAAAUCUGAGCAAGUUGUCUGGGGAGUUGGUUGGGGGGAACCAGAAUCAAGGAAGGUUCAGAGAUUCCCGUCGUAGCCCCCGCGUAUGCGGUUACCAAGGCAACUGGGCGGCCCCAGCGCGAGCUGGAAGGCGGCGUACGUCGAAUUUUUGUAGGCUAGCCUGGGAGACUUGAGGAGUGGCUUUCCCUGAGCUUCUAGUCCCAGAGACCAGGGCCUCUGCUCCAGGCGGUAACCCUUACCCUGGGAGCCAUGGGUCGGAUCUCGGGACUCGUGCCCUCUCGCUUUCUGACGCUCCUGGCGCAUUUGGUGGUCGUCAUCACCUUAUUUUGGUCGCGGGACAGCAACAUCCAGGCCUGCCUGCCUCUCAAGUUCACCCCCGAGGAGUAUGAAAAGCAGGACGUGCAGCUGGUGGCAGCGCUCUCUGUCACCCUGGCCCUCUUUGCAGUGGAGCUGGCCGGUUUCUUCUCAGGAGUUUCGAUGUUCAACAGCACCCAGAGCCUCAUCUCCAUUGGGGCUCACUGUAGUGCAUCUGUGGCCCUAUCCUUCUUCAUAUUUGAGCGUUGGGAGUGCACCACGUACUGGUACAUUUUUGUCUUCUGCAGUGCCAUCCCAGCCAUCACCGAAAUAGCAUUAUUCAUCAGCGUCUUUGGGCUGAAAAAGAAACCUUUCUGAUACCUUCGUGACUGGAAGUAGGGAUGAAGGCUGGAGAAGCAAGAGACCACUCACCAUUCCUGGAAGAAGGAAACCAUAGGCUUCAACCCUCCCCCUAAAACUGCAUUUGGUGGAGGAUGUCAGUGUUAGUGUUAGGGUAAUUGUCUCUCGAGUCUGGAGCUAUGAGUUUUGUUUACAGUUCUUUGUAAAAAAAUAUAUUUUAGGGUAAGAUCAAGACUUACAGGAAUUCCCUGGCGGUACAGUGGUUAGGACUCCGCGCUUCCACUCUAGGGGGCGCGGGUUCGAUCCCUGGUCGGGGAACUACUAUCCCGCAUGCCGCGCAGAGUGGCAAAAAAAAAAAAAAAAAAAAAAAGAAAGAUCAAGACAUAAAAAUUUCAGGAGAAAGUUGGGGUGGCCAAUCUACUAUAGAAACGGAACAGCCUUGCACUCUAAGAUACUAGAUGUCGCUUUUAAUUUGGUUAUUACGGUAGAUUUCUGGCGGAAGGGAGUGGGCAGGGAUAUGUAAAUAAAGUGAGGCGGCCGGGUAGGACAGCCAGCUCUUAAGUGAGUGGAGCAUUCUGGGAGGAAUUAGCCUAUGUUUUUUUGACGCCAAAUGCAAAAAUAUAUUUUAUAACAUCUGCAAAUAAAUGUAGCAACAGAAAUGGAAGAAUCUAGAUAGCUUUAGGUUGCUCGGGCUAACGUGUUGGGUUCUCACCCUCGAUCAAAGUGGAAUCUUUUUCCCAGAGUACGGAAUGCCCCACACUGUUUUGUAUCGUCAGGUAGGAUAAUCCUUACCUGUUUCUCCUUUUGGAGAACAGAAUGGAAUAUGAUGAUCGGAGCCCGCAUGAUUUCGUGAUUAACGGCUGUGCGUAAUCGGGACUUGCAACAUCCUGAUUGCUCCUUUCUGAUUCUUUCUGACGAUCUUGACUUUUAGUGUGUGUCUUUCAUGGGUAGAGAUUAACUUCUUGUAACGUCGUGGUGUAGUUAUUGAAUAGUGAUGUUGGGGUUCAAGAUCGGCGAUUUUGUUUAUGUCGUGAAUGAAGUAAAUUUUUUAAGUUCUGUUAUCGUUGAUGUUUACUUUUAAACAGAAAACGCUGAAAAAUUUUUUUCCCGUAGUGGUUGUGUGGGGGUAAUUUUUAAGCAUAUAUUAAGUUUUACGAUAGUGAAUGCUGGUAAAUGUUACUUUUUAAAGUUUUAAUGACGUAGUAUAUAUGCUUUUGGUUUUCUGAAGAGUGUCUGUGUAUGUCUGUUCUUUGGUUUCAAAGCUUUCGUUUCGCUGGCUGUGAUACUUUUCUUGUAGUUAGACCGUCCACGCAGAAACUGGGUGAAGCUCCUGUUUGCAGUUAGUAGUUUGGUAAGAGGACCCCGUUUAUGCUUGAUAGCUUAUACCAAGAGUACGUUCAAAAAGAAAUUAUGGAAGCGCAGUUUUUGGAAUUGCAGAAAGUACAGGAGUCGAAGGUUUUAUCUUAUCACAGGAUGAGUGUUUUCAAGGUUACGUUUUCCAGGGAAUGUUUGUUGGAUGUUGGGAAGGCUUUUUUUGUACAUUUCAGUUACAAAGGGUGGAGUCCAGGUCAUUCUAAACACGCACAAAGCAUGCACGGAGGUGCUUUCUGGUGAUGCUCCGAAGGUGAUACCUAUACGUAGACAAUCUUUUCCCUAGUUCUCUAUGUUUUCUGGCAGUGCUUCUUUAUUAAGUGCACACUGUAUGCUGUAGUAGGUACUGAGGGAGUAGAUGUGAGCAUGAUCCUCGGCCAUCACAGAUAUUGUGGCUUAUGGAAAGAGACAAAACUGUCUGUAACUCCCAGAGUAGUUUAAUUCUAAUCUGUGAUAAAAGCUGCACAGGCUAUUUACAGGUGCUACGAAGGAGUGAUUAAUUUGCCCAAGGUGGUAGGAGUGCUGCUUCUCUGGAGCUGUUUGAGUGAGGUCCUGGAGUGUGGCUGAAGCAGAGAGAAAAGGGGGCAGAUUGUUUGCGAGGAAAGAAAGAUGGACCUUUGCAAGGUCACGGGCUCGAGACUUGGCCCAGGAGGAUCCUACAUGCCGCGGAGCAUCUAGGCCCGUGCGCUACAACUACUGAGCCUGAGCUCUGGAGCCCGCAAACUACUGAAGCCUACACGCCUAGAGCCCAUGCUCUGCAACAAGUGAAGCCAUGAAGCCACGACAAUGAGAAGCCCGCGCACCGCAACGGAGACCCAACGCAGCCAAAAAGAAAGAAAUUAAUUAAAAAAAAAUCUUGAAGUGUCAUGUCCAUAGGCUGUUACACUGUGAAUAGCACAGAAAGUUGAGGAUACAUUCCAGGGUUUGAAAACUGUUGUCAGUUUCAGCAAAGAAAUCACUCAAGUCAUUGAGGAAUCUGUGAGGUUUCAGCAUAUCGUGUUUCAUUUUUGUCUUACUCAAAAAUAUAGAUGAAAACAUCAACCAACGUUCACGUUGGAACUGCACUUGUACUUAGGAUAUAACUCCAUUUAUGAAAUCAUGGAU